AUGUCGGGCUACAACUACGGUCCUCCGCCUCCACCCCCCCAGGCAUCACAGUCGGGACACGCUGGCUAUAGCCAUCAUGGUGCCCAAUACCAGCAUAGCGGACCUCGUAAUGGCGGUUCUCCGGCUGGUAGGGGUCGAGCUGGGUAUCCCGCUGGCGGUCGCCCAGAGUACACACCGACACCUCCCCAUUACGAGUACGGCGGCCACAGCCAGCAACAACAUUACGCACCUCAUGCCGCUGGCUAUCCUGCUCCUCAACUCCCCCCCGGGAAUUACCCUCCACAGCAUCAGCAAUGGCCUCAAGGUCAUACACCGACGCCUACACAGCACCAGCCCCAUGCGCCAGCGCCACUCUCGACUGCAAACUACCAUCCGAACUAUGCUCCCCAGGCAUACGCACAUUCCCAGCCUCCUGCACACCAGCCAGCCUACGGCGGUCCCCCCACCGCACAACAGCAACAACAAUAUCAUUACGCGGCACCUCCCCCAUACAACCCGCAGCAGGGCUGGGCGGGUCACGACCGAUCUCAGCCUCCAUACGGCGGUGGACAUCAUCGGGGCGGAUACGGAAGUGACAGGAACGCAUCGAGGGCUCCAAGUUCGGGAGACCAGGCUCGUGUCGAGUAUCCUACCCCAGGCAUGCAGCCUCAAGUGAGCGGCAGCUAUCCUCAGCCUUACCCUGGCCCAGAUCCUCGUGCCCAAGGCGCGUACCCCCAAGCCCCUCACCACCAACCCCAAUAUCAUGCCUACCCACCUGCUCCCCCUCCUCCUUCACACGUUUCAACUCCUCAUUCCGGUCGUGACCACCAUAACAAGCAAGACGGACAUCACUCCGGACGUGGCAGGGGCGGCUUCCGUGGCGGUGGUGGCAACAUGCGAGGCAAAGGCAAUCACCAUGGCGGCGAUAAGACUCGACCGCGACAUGGAGGACAACGUCCUGAUGGCCCAUCGCAUUCUCACAAGCAAGACUCCAAUGCUUCUGGGAAGAAGAAGAAGAGGAAGACCAACACGCUCGGGCUCACACCGGGUCAAGACUCGGAAUCUGAGGAUGACGAGAAAGAAGAGGAGACACUCCGCCAACUCAUCGGUCAAGAUGCUCUUCAAGUCAGUGAUAUUGCUUCAUACAUUGCGGACAGAAGAAAAAAUUUCCCCACUGCUGCCCGUUCAAAGGCCAAGAAGGAUGCCGAGGUGGCAAACAAUCAACAUGGCGACAAACGCGCAGCUGCUCUUGAAAGGCAAGAAAAGAUGGCUCAGAAGCUGAGAAAGCAACUCGAAAUGGUUGAGUCGUCCAUCAAACGGAAGCGCGAGCAGCAAGACGAGGGUGACGAGAUGAGGGACAGUCCUGUUCUCUCUGAUGUGGGUUCAGGUGACGACCAGCCCGAAGUUUUGUCGACUCGCUCGCAGCAUCUUCCGGCGCCGCCUCCUCCAGCGAAGAAGGCAGAUGUCAGCAAGCACUGCAAGUAUUAUUCCACCGGUGGUACAUGCGGCAAGAAGGGCAAGUGCCGCUUCGUCCAUGACCCUGAAGUCAGAGAAGCGGCCAUGAAAGAGCGCGAAGCCAAUAACGGCAACCUGACGAUCCAGCAACGUCUGGUCCUCAACGACAAGGACCAGGAAGAUCUUACUGUCCUGCGAUCUAUUCAGUAUCUACGAGAAAAGGGCGUAAUCUCUGAGCAAAAGAAUGCCGAAGCUGCCGCCGCCAAUAGUCAGCACUCUGGUGCGGCGGAACAACGGGCACCUCAAAGCGAAAGCACGCUUCCUGCGGCCCACUCAUCGCUGCCCCGGGCACCUGUUCGACCAAAGCAUGGCCUACCGCCGCAUAACCCACCCCCUUCUGCUCUGCAGAUUGCGAAGACCGGCGGCAAGCCCCAGUACAAGGGGUGGAACCUUAGUGGAUAUGGUAACUCUGGUUUGAAGUCGGAGGAUCUUCCCUAG